AUGUUUCAAGUAAAUACGAUUCUUGAAAUUGAACCCUUAGAAUAUAAUGAACAAAUAACUGAUCUUACCUCUUCCAACAAUCGGCCUGUCGAACAGAGUAAUAUACAACCCAACAUUCAAUCUUAUUCGACACUUAUGUAUCCAGAAAAGUCUUUGUGGAUUCAACGGGAUCCUAACUUUUCGUACCCACUUGCGAAUUACAUGUCAUUAGUUACGCAUCCUAACCCACCAGAAAAUCGUGUUGCAGUAUGCUCUUUAUGUAAAUCAAAUCUAAAUCGCAAUUAUCCACCGUAUCUUUGUCCUAUUCCACCUGAAAUCGAUCUU